CUGUGUGUCAGUGUGUGUUAGCAAGAGAAGAGAAGAGGAGAGGAGAGGAGCGUGGUCGAGUUUGAAAUCCACUCAAAAGCAAAGCGAAGCGAAGCGAUGAGAUGAGAUGAGAUGAGAAACCCACCUACGAAGAAACCCAAUACCACUAUUAUGCUGCUCUUCCUCUUCCUCCUCCUCCUCGCCUCGCCGGCGGCGCAGGCGGUGCUGCCUUCCAUGGCCGUCGGCGUCAACUACGGCGCCAACGCCGACAACCUCCCUCCGCCCAAGGACGUCGCCACCUUCCUCGCCGCCCACACCACCAUCGACCGCGUCAAGCUCUUCGACGCCAACCCGGCCUUCAUCUCCGCCUUCGCCAACACCGGCAUCUCCCUCGCCGUCUCCCUCCCCAACUCCGCCCUCCCUUCCCUCGCCGACAAGACCACCGGCCUCGACGCCGCCCGCUCCUGGGUCCGCGCCAACCUCUCCCCCUUCGUCCCCGCCACCAACGUCUCCCUCCUCCUCGCCGGCAACGAGAUCCUCCUCUCCCCCGACCCCAACCUCGUCGUCUCCCUCCUCCCCGCCAUGCGCCGCCUCGCCCAGGCCCUCACCCUCGAGGGCCUCACCGGUGUCCGCGUCACCACCCCGCACUACCUCGGCAUCCUCGCCCCCUCCGACGGGAUCCCCUCCAACGCCCGCUUCCGCCCCGCCUACGACACCAAGCUCUUCCCGCCGAUGCUCCAGUUCCACCGCGACACCGGCUCGCCCUUCAUGGUCAACCCCUACCCCUACUUCAGCUACAACAACCAGACGCUCAACUACGCGCUCUUCCGCCCCAACCGCGGCGUCUACGACCCCAACACCAAGCUCAACUACACCUCCAUGUUCGACGCCCAGAUGGACGCCAUCUACACCGCCAUGAAGCGCCUCGGCUACGGCGACGUCCCCAUCGCCGUCGGGGAGGCCGGCUGGCCCACGCAGGCCGACCCCGGCCAGCUCGGCGUCGGCGUCGACGAGGCCAGGGACUUCAACGAGGGGAUGCUACGCGUCGUCAGCAGCGGCAAGGGGACGCCGCUCAUGCCCAACCGCAAGUUCGAGACAUACAUCUUCUCCCUCUUCGACGAGAACCAGAAGCCAGGGCCCAUCGCCGAGAAGCACUUCGGCAUCCUCAACCCCGACUUCACCCCCAUCUACGACCUCGGCCUCCUCCGCCAAUCCGACUCUGGGGCCCCAAACCCUGCGCCAAAUCCAUCACCCAACCCUAGUCCAAAACCUGCCCCAUCUGGUGGAGGGCAGUGGUGUGUUGCUAAGGCUGGUGCGAGCGAUACUGAUUUGCAGAACAACAUCAACUAUGCAUGUGGCUAUGUUGACUGUAAACCUAUACAAAGCGGUGGUGCGUGCUUUGAUCCGAACAAUGUGCAGUCCCAUGCUGCAUUUGUGAUGAAUGCCUUCUACCAGGCCAAUGGCCGGCACGACUAUGAUUGUGACUUCAAGGGCACCGGCGUGGUCACCUCCAAUGACCCGAGCUACGGAAGUUGCAAAUACGUCUCCUGACGGGGCGCAGCAAGCUAUGGCAGUGCUGGUGCAGUGGCACCAGCUUCGAGUCCACCUCCAGGGUUGAGUCACGGCAGCGCUGGAGUGUUGCCGAUACUGCCUGGCUUGCGCCACAUUUUUCUCUACUCAUGUCUGACAGCAACAAUGCUUCUUCCUUAGAAGAGCUACUAGUUGAUCAUAUUCAUUAUGCUCCCCUUAGCACAGGGGGAAGAGCCUAUAUAUUAUUCGAUUGUGUAUCCAUUUCCAUUACCAGUCAGUUCUAGCUUGUGUUUGGCGAUACCGCAAUUCUUUUUUUGCUGUGUAGUGAAGUAUUUGUGCUUACCUUAUCAUUCCAUUCUAUUCUAUGUAGGAAUAUAAAAGAAAUGGAGCCUCAGUCUCGUUGAUGCUACUCCUUUUGUUUCCCAUGUUUGAAUGUACAGAGGGUAGGAGGCUUGCAGCCUGCUUCUGCAAGUCUUUUGCAUUGGUCA